AUCCCCCAAGCGUCUUCUCCCGAUCGCUUCUUGCUAUUCGACGCCAACGUUGAUCGGUAACCCUCGAUCUGCGAUACUCCUGUUCUACCCUCGCAUCAAUCCUUUCUUUCGCGCUCCCCGUUGAUGGUUUCGUCGAUUGACGCGAGACUGGAAGGAAAGGAACAUUCUGGAGUUAGUUAGUCGACCUUUUCAGAUUGCUUUCUUCCUCCAAUGGCUCUUCUAGUUUAGAAGCGGAUUUUGCAUUUGUAUAAUUCAACCAAUUGUUGAGACGACACUGCUUGAAACUGUUGCUGUUGACUAAGCUACUUUAUCUUGGAUCAUGGAACAUCUUCCUGUGGAAAUCAUUGGUGAUAUACUUUCUCGUCUUGGAACUGCUCGAGAUGUUGUUGGUUUAUCUGCAACUUGCCGGAAAUGGAGAGAAGCCUACAAGAAGUACCUUCAUACGCUUUCUUUCAAAUUUGGUGAUUGGCCCCGUGAUAUUACUGCGAGGCAGCUAGAGAUCCUUAUAACACAAACUAUAUCACAAACUGUGGGAUUGCAGUGUCUUUCAAUUCAUAUGGGCAGUGCCCAUGAAUUUGCGGCUGUCCCAGUCAUUGCUUGGCUUAUGUACACUAGAAAAACAUUACAGAGUUUGUCCUACAAUGGGCACACUAUUCCAAAUGUGAAUGUUCCAGAGCAAUGCAGUCGACAUAAGUUGCAAGCUUUGGAUCUAGAUCAUCAUUCUAUAAUCAGGGUUGAACCAACUUAUCUGAGAUUUACUUGUCUCAAAUCUCUUUCUCUCAGACAUGUUAUUAUCUCUGCCUUGGAUCUGAGCAUAUUGUUUACUGUGUGUCCGAGAAUAGAGUCCUUGACCCUUGAUGUUGUAGAAAUUGUCACUUCAGAUUCUCAAUCAUCAAUGGAACUGAGUAGUCCUACAUUGAAGUGCAUAUUUGCAGAGAAAGUAAGUGUGGAAAAAAUAAUUUUGGAGGCAGAUAACCUUGAGAGCUUGCACUUAUUAAAUGACUCAAAUAUUGGUUUUUUAAAGCUAAAUGGAAAAGGCUCUCUUCAACAUUUGAAGAUAGAUGAUAUCGUUGCCACCCAUUUGGAAAUCGGUGCGAACUUGGACAAUUUGAAGGUUAUUGAUGUGAGUUACUUUAUGAUAAAGUUGCCCAAAUUUUACCAAAUGAUUUCCAGAGCAUCUAAACUAAGAACAUUGAGGCUCUGGGCAGUAGCGUUUGUUUGUAAGGAUGACCUCUUCAUUGAUGUUGAAUCUAUUGCCGUUUCAUUCCCAGAACUUAAACAUCUGGCGUUGAACUACGACAUUAGAGAUGGACUACUAUAUGCGUUGCGAGGCUCCUCGACCCUGGAAAAUGUUAAUGUAUUAGAACUAGGAUGGACUAUCAUAAGUGAUAACUUUCGGCUUUGGGUUUUUGGGAUGAUUAGAAGAUGUCCCAACCUCAAGAAAUUAGUUAUCCAUGGUGUACUUUCGGGGAUGAAAACGGAUGAACAGUCUCAAAUGGUAACCAAUGUUACUUCAUCUGUAUUGCGUCUUAUGAGGAAAUAUAUUCAUGUUGAUGUGCGAUUUGUGUAUGACUAAUUAAUUACAAGUGAACAAGCCAUUGGUCUCCUUUUGAGAAACUCUUGCAUCGGAUGGAAGAUACAAAAACAUCAUUUUGUUUACUCAUUUCUCCAUUAUCUUGGACAUGACAAUGACACAUACAUAGCUUUUCUUCAUGCACAAAAGAAGAAAAAGAAGCUAAGAAAUUUUCUUGAUGAGAACAUGCACCAGGGAAGUAAGUUUAGCUGAAUGUCACUAGCUCACCGGUACUAGGAGUUUGCAUCAGGCUCUCCACGCACAAGGUAUUGUUGGGAUUAACUUUGGUGCACUUGAAUUGUUCGUUCUAUGGACCGCAGAGUGUAGCGUUUCAGUUUGUUUGUUUUCGUUGCAGCCUCCCGCAAUUUCUUUCCUUUCCUAUGUUGGUGACCUUUUUGGUUAGUUUCAUGUGUAACUUCUCUAUAAAAAUAAUAUUAGAUGUGAAUUUAGCUUCA